CUCCCCGAAGUUGCCGACACACCCUCUUGAGGAGAAGAAAUGGUAAAGCUUGAUUUUUUUUCCUUCUUUCUUGUUCAAGAACAAGCUUAGAACCUAGAACCCCCCCUAAAGCCAAGAAAAUUUCAGAUCUUGCAACCUUUCUUCUCCCCUGCUGCCGGUUUCAACUUGGUGAGGGUGGGGAUUUUUCAGUUUUUGAUCCGUGAGUUUCCCCUGCACUUCCACCGGCCUUCCCCCAACCCGCCAGCUCCGGCCUUGCUUACUAAAUUUCGGUAUGUGACAGCCCCUUUGAGCCUAAAAUUAUCCAUGUAAUUACUGCUUGUGUGUCUGAAUUUUCUGCUGGAAAUAGGGGAGAAAUUUGACAGUAAUUAGAUUAUGAUUUAGCUUAAUCCAUGUAGGAAUUAGUUUAAGUAGGCUGUUGUGAUGUUCUGGAGAGAAAAUUAGCUAUUGUUUUGCCCAAAUUUCUAGAGGUUGCACUCACUGUUCACUACGUGAUCACUGUUCACGGGUACUGUUCAUGCACUAAUGGCCAACAAUUAACGGGGAUUUAAAUGUUUGGUUUGUAAUAUAAGAACAAAUUGGAGAUGUCCGGUCAUGUGGAAACUGAUAGGAAUAGCAUCGUGAUUAGGGGUCCUAAUGAUGAUUUCACUUUGAAUUUGUGGUAGUGCGGUAUUAACUUUGGAAUAUUGUGAUUAGGUUUUGAUCGUUCUGUCACUGUAGCACUUAGGUUAAGCCUUCUGUUAUGUGCGAGUAAGUGGGAGUUUGCAAACGCUGGCACAUGUCGACAUGUUUACUGAUAUGACCGGUCCAUUCUGUAAUCCUGCCAAUGGGAUAAUACAUUGGUAAUUACUGACGCCUGUCAGUGGGAGUUUGUUAAACACUGGCCAUGACUUAUAGAUGAGACUACUACUGAAUUUUCUUCUACAUUAACGAUUUGUCAUUGAACGCUUUGCUAUUGAACUGAAUCUGAUUCUACAUUAACGGUUUGUCAUUGAACGCUUUGUUAUUGAACUGAAUUUGAUUUUGUAUUAACGAUUUAUCAUUGAACGUUUUGUUAUAUUAAACUGUUUAUCAGGCAUACUAAAAUUUUACCCAAGAGCUAUCCAUAUUUACUUACUGAGUUCUCUCAUAGUUUUUCCUUGUCCACCAUUUCAGGAAGCGAAAUCAAGGACGGGGAAAAACAAGGGGAGUGACAAGUUAGAAGGCUAGCCAUCUUGUAAAUUGAAUAUGGAUUUUAGAUAUAAAUCAUGAUCUUGUAAGCUAAACUUUAUUUGGAGAUUUUAUGAUAUCAGGGCAAAUUUUAAAAUUUUAUCUUCAGAUUUUGUGAUAUCAGAUUGUGGUAUGAUAAGUUUUGAGACUUGUGCAUUUGUGAGACCUUCUCUCAAGUGCACAGCGACUGCCACGUUCCCAGAUUUGGGUUUUGGGACCCCGCGUGUUCUGCUCUUCCCGACCCUCCUUGCUGCAGCCCGAAAGAAGAAAAAAAAGGGGAACCCAGCCAUGCUUGAGAAACCGGUAGAGAGCUUGAUUUUUCCCUUCUUUUCUUGCUCUAGAACUGAAAAUGGAACCCAGAAAUUCUCCCUCCCUGCUGGAAAAUCCGGAUCUGCUGCUGCUUCCUCCUCCUCACCGCCGGCUGCUCCUGCUUUGUGGGGGUGAAUUGCUCGGUUUUUUGAGUUUUCCUUCCAUGCCGCCGGCUCUUCCCCAAAUUGCAGCUCCGGCCUUGCUUGUUGGAUUCUGUGGGGGAGGUUAUAAACGCUAGCACAUGUCGACAUGUAGUGAUAGAGCCGGUUCGUUCAACCCAGCUAGUGGGGGUUAUACACCAGCAAAUAGUGACCCUGCUAGUGGGGGUUAUACACCAGCAAAUAGUGGCCCUGCUAGUGGGGAUUAUACAGUGGCCGUGACCUAUAGAGGAGACGUCUAUUUCGUUCCUGUACUGUAUCCGUUUUUCGUGAUUGUACUUGUUGGCAUUCUUUAAGUUUGAUAAAGGGCACUCCAUAUU